AUCUUCAGUUGUAAUCGGUCAAACACAAGUGCAACACAUAUCUCCACCUGUAGAUUUGUUUGUUUGCUUGUCUCUCGCAAAUUCUCCCGCUGGCUUCUUGUUUUUCUAUGUUCGCCUCGUUUGUGCGGUGUCUUCAAUAUAUCCAAAGUUUAAAUAACAAAUAAUUUUCAAAAAAAAAAAAACCGGAAUACCCUGUGUGAUUUUGUGGUGAUCAAUCGACGAGAGAGAUUUCGCGAUAAUCAAAAAUUUCGAUCGAAAGGAAUAAAAAUUAAUCGAUUUUGUUCGUAAUCGCUUGACAACGCCUCUUUGAACGGAAUAUAUACAUAAAUAAUGUUGAAAAUGUUGAGUCGAGUGUCGGUGGAAUUAGUUGUUUUUGUGGCCAUUAUCACAUCUAUAGUGUCAGCUGCUUCGGCAACAGAAGAAAGCUGGUUUGGUCCAGAAUUCAGUGUUUUACAAAAAGUGUACGAUGACUGUUUGGAUAAAGAUGAUUUCACUGGAUGUUUAAAGGGUCGAGCUCUAGUCGCUUUGAACAAAGCUAUCAAUCAGGAUUCAAUUUCGAUUGUUGAUGGCAUUUAUAUGGAAAAGCAAAAUGAGACAGACGUUGAGAAGACACCAGAAUUUGCUGAUGCCCGUGUUCUAAGUGACCUAAGUGGUGUCGAUCGUCAGCUCAUGGAACAAAUCAACAAAUUUUUGCGUACACACGUAUUGAAGGUUGAUUUGAGUGAAGAACGUGGUGGCGGUGGAUUUGGUGGCAACAAAGGUGGAGCCGGUGGCGGCAAAAAUAAACUUAAACCCAAGAAGAGCUAUCGUUACAUCAUUGCCGCUUUGCUAACGAUAAUGGGUAUCGCAGCUCCACUCGCAAUGAAAGCGGUCGGAUUGAUUGCAUACAAGGCAUUGGUUAUCAGUUCAGUUGCAUUGACAAUUGCCGGCAUUAUUGCGCUAAAGAAAAUCUAUUCAAGCGAUCAUCAUGAUGAGACGACAUUCCAUGUUGCAUCCGGCGAUCAUCGACGAACAGCUUACUUGGUACGAGGACAAGGCGCACAAAAUCAUCAGGCCAAUCAAGCUACUCCUCCGCAAGAAUCUCAAAACGAUCCAUACCGUUAUUACUACGAUUAUCCAGCGCAACAAUCACAGUAAAUUUUCGAAUUUACCGCAGAUUUAAUGCGCGCAACACAAAUACCACCUCAUGCAAGACCAAAUGCUUCAUAUCAAAAAAGGAAUAAUGAUUCGCUCAAAUAAUUUUCUAGGUUAAUGAAAAACAAAACAGCAUGUACUAGACAUAAAUCGACUAAUGAAAGAGAGUGAAAGAGAAUGAUAGAUAGAAAAAAUUCAGACCGUCCUCGUCAGCAACAACAACAAUAACAACAACAGCAGCAACAAUAACAACAAUUCGUUAAUUUUAGUUUAUUUAUUGAAACGUAUUUAUUUAUUUAUUGAAUUAAUUUUUAGAAAUUGAAACAGAGAGAAAAAAAGAAUAAGAUAGAAAAUGAAGAAGUAUCUACGUGUUUACAUUGUCUAUUUGAAACCACAUUUCGUUUGUUAUCGCACUUCAUUCACUCGAACUACAAAAAAAAUGCAUCCACAUGAGAAAUUUAUAUUUAUAAAUUCUUGUAAUAACAACCAUAA